AUGAACAUGAUUCAGCCAAGACCAGAGGAAAAAGCAAAAAACUAUAGAUGUAAAUUUAACCCCAAAAAUUGGCAAUCAAAAUCUUGUUCCUCUACCCACUCGCAGUCCCCAGUGUCUCUACUUAGGGGAGUUUCAUCUGUGGAUAUGGCACACAGUUUUUAAUGUGGCUAAAUAUCAUUUAGGCAAAGUUAAACUUGAGCGAGCUGGCUAGCGGUCUUCUCCCACUUCAGUAUGUGACCUAUGGGGCAGCCCGUGGGGAAUUGCAGGGUUCCUUAUGUACCCUUUUGUUAGUGUUGCUUUGCAUUGUAACUUUGCUUACUGAUCGUAGCGGAUCAAUUUUUUGCCUACUUGCGAAUCAUUGCGGAUUCUUCCCGUCUUCGCCGUUGCUUACUAUCACAGUAUCAAGUCAUCUUUUGAAUGUGUUGAGGAUGGAAUCUCAAAGCAGUUGA